UGGCGGCGAGUUCCGUGUUUACACCCAAGAGGACAGAGAGCAGAGCGCGGUGUCACUGAGUAAGCAGCGGUCGAGAGGGUAACGUCAGUAAGAGAGAAGAGGGGGGAAGAAAGAGAUGCAUCUGCUUGCUUGAGGACGCUUUCCUGCCUCCAAUAAUAACAAUUAAAAUCAAAGGUGCAAGGGGGCAGCGGAUUACAAACAUAAGGGGACGUUUCCAACUGCUUGUAGAACGGAAUGUUUUCCAGAAAGCCUCAUGGAGACGUCAAGAAAUCUACACAGAAAGUUCUGGACCCAAAGAAGGAUGUGAUAACCCGCCUUAAGCACCUGAGGGCUCUACUAGAUACUUUGGAAAGAAGUGAACUGAAGCAAUUCUUUGAAACCAACUACUCUCAGAUUUAUUUUAUAUUCUUCGAAAACCUGUUCACACUGGAAAGUAGCUUAAAACAAAAAGGGAAUAAGUCACAGAGGGAGGAGCUGGACUCCAUCCUCUUUGUAUUUGAGAAAAUACUUCAACUUCUUCCAGAGAAGAUUAAUAGUAGAUGGCAGUUCCACAGUAUAGGCUCAAUUUUGAAGAAACUUCUGCACACUGGAAAUUCUAUUAAGAUAAGAUGUGAAGGAAUCCGUCUCUACCUACUUUGGCUUCAAGCACUGCAAGAAAAUUCUUCUGAUGAGCAGCUGACUUUAUUUGCUUGUCUAGUUCCUGGUUUUCCUGCUGUUUCAUCACGAAUUGGACCAUGUACUUUAGAUACGCUCAUAAAUCCUUCUUACAAUAUAUCUGAUGUAAAAAUUGCUGCAGAAGAUAUUACUCCGCUGUUACCUUCAGUUUUGGGAGAAAAGAUAUCAGAGGAUCAGACUUCAUAUAUGCUUCAAAUCCUUUUGAAGUACAUGGUAACUCAGGCUGCAAGCUUGGAAUGGAAGAAUAAAGAAAAACAAGAAAGUGGUUUCAAAUUCCUUUUUGCCUUAUUUAAGAAGUUCUACCUUUCCCACUUGUUCCCAUCCUUCACAAAAUUUACCAAUCUUUACAAUCCUGUACUUGAAAUUCCUCAAAUGAGGCCAAAGCCACUGUACAUUAAUGUAACACGAAACAAUGAAAGCAUUUACAGCACACAGGACCAAUACUUAGCAGCUCGAGUGGCAUUUAUUAAGUGGCUUGUGACCUUUUUCCUGGAAAAGAAAUACACAGCUACCAGUCAGAACACUAAGAAUGGUGGAGAAAUGCUACCUAAAAUUAUCCAGCAGUCAGUGACUGCCAAUCCAUCAGGUCAGGAGAAAGCCUCUGAAAUGGAAACAAAUGGGUCUUCCGAACAAGACCGAUCUCACUCCAACAGCAGUACACUAUCUGAAAGAAGACUCAGUUGUUCCAGUACCUGUAGCAUAGAAGAGGAACACCGGUCAGUUUACGAAAUGGUUCAGAGAGUACUACUUUCAUCUCAAGCUAAUGUGAAUUUUAUCAAUGAAGUUUUUCAUCAGGGGUUUCUGCUACCUUCUUGUGAAGCAUCAGCAAUAAAAAAAGUUGUCAGAGUUUAUCGGAAAUGGAUCUUGCAAGAGAAUAAACCUUCAUUUAUGGCAGAGCCAGAUGUAAUUGACACUGAUGAAGAUACAGUUGAUCACUCAGAGCAGCUCUCUCUAACGCUGUCAAAUAACAAAGAGUCCAUUCAACAGGCAAGGCACAAGCGAUCAUCUAGCUGGGGAAGAACAUAUUCAUUUACAAAUGCUAUCAACCGGGGCUGUAUUUUUGAAGAAGAAAACAGAAAUGUUCAGGCUGGUAUUCAGUCAACAUUGCAAGUCUUUUUGACGAAUUCUGCAAAUGUGUUCCUGUUGGAACCCUGCAAUGAUGUCUUAAAGAUCCUCGAUGAACAGAUUGAUGUGUGCAAGGCUGUCCUGAGUAUCUAUAGGCACAUGAUCAUGGAGUUAACCAUGAACAGAAAGACAUGGGAGCAACUUCUGCGAGUAUUGCUGAAGAUCACUGAAACAAUUAUGCAAAAGCAACAGGAUUUGCAUAGUCAAGAUAUUUUUGCGCAACAUAUGGCUGAACUACUUUUUCGGACCCUUAUUGUCGCUUGGAUACGAGCUAAUUUGAGUGUCCAUAUUUCAAGAGACCUAUGGGAUGAACUACUGUCUGUGCUAUCAUCUCUCACCAUGUGGAGUGAGCUGAUCGCUGAGUGGGCAAAGAUCAUGGAUUCUCUUACUGUUGUGUUAGCAAGAUGUGUAUACAGUCUCGAUAUGAACAACUUACCACUGGACAAGCUGAGUGAACAAAAGGAAAAGAAACAAAGAGGGAAAGGAGUAUAUCAAGAUCUUAGUAAAGGAACUGGAGUAGGUAGGUCCUUUUCUCUGAGCUGGAGAAAUCAAGCUGAUGGCACACAAGAGCAUAUGCGAUUUCGAAGUGCAACUACCUCUGGAGCCCCAGGUGUUGAAAAAGCCAGAAAUAUUGUCCGCCAGAAAGCAACAGCUAAACGAAGUCAAUCUAUCAGCAACUGUGUCCAUCUUUAUGAGGCCUUGCCAAGUACUAAAAGUGUGCCUCUGCUGCUUCAUACUGUGAGCUCUCUCUUACCUGGCAUCACUCAUGCCCCUUCCUCUCAGAAACUGUCAGAAGAUGAAGAGCCCCAACAACCAGACAGUAUACUAGAUAAUGAAGAACUCAUUGCUGAUACAUCAGAGCACGAACAAAAGCUGACCCAUAGCAGCAGCACUUCUGACAUUGCUGAACAGCUAUGUACUGAUCGAUUGCAAGGAAAAAGAAGAGAACACUCAUCUAGUUUCAGUAACUCUGAAUCAAAGAUUACUGUUGCUGAAAACAGACAGUCUGGAGGGAAAGAGAACAAGGCUCCAAUUAUCACGAUACAGAGAAGCAGUAGCACUGGUGACCCAGAAAGUAAUUCAGAUGAACUUCAGCCACCUCGAGAAGGAUACAAUUUGAGAGCUAAAAGUGGGAGUAUUAGCAGUGAAACUUCAAAUGGUGUGAAUAAUUUCAGUGAAACGAAGAUUUCCUUAACUCAGUGGAAGAGAUUUGAUGAAGGAUCAGAUAUCAGUGCAGUGGAUGGUGCUGUUGAUGCAGAUACUACUUGCAGCUGGCAGAAGGUGAAUUCUUCCAACCCUACUGUCCUUGCAGGAUCAAGCACUGCAUUUUCAACUUGUGCAGAGCCACAACUUCCCAGCAUUUCUUCAGUUUACUCUAUACAACCUGAACCUAAGGAUUCACCCACACUCUUGGAUGAGAAGCUGCAAAUUCCCGAUGAUUUAGAGAGUGGUGAAUACCUUGCAGAUGAAUGCAGUAUCAUCGCUGGAGGAAACCUCGCUGGUUGGCAUGCUGAUGCAGCUGCUGUGCUGUGGAGAAGAAUCCUGGGCAUUUUGGGGGAUGUCAAUUGCAUAAGCAACCCUAAAAUUCAUGCCAUGGUUUUUGAAUACUUAAAUGAACUCUGGCAUAAACUAGCUAAGAUUAGAGACAACCUUGGUAUCAGUUUGGAUAAUCAGGCUUCACCACAAUCUCCAGUUCUAAUUCCACCUCUUCGCAUGUUUAUGUCAUGGUUGUUUAAGGCAACAACCUUGCCCAAUGAAUAUAAGGAAGGAAAACUACAUGCAUACAAGCUAAUCUGUGACAUUAUGACUAAACGCCAAGACGUCUUGCCAAACUCUGAUUUCCUAGUGCACUUUUAUCAUGUGAUACACAGAGGUGUUGUGUGUGAGGAUCAGGAUGUGCUGAACAUACUUACUAAGCAUUGUUCCCCUCGCUUCUUCUUACUUGGAUUACCUGGUUUCACCAUGAUGAUAGGAGAUUUCAUCACUGUUGCCACCCGAGUCCUCAACUCAGAUAUGCCAGAUGCACCACGUUGUGAAGCACAAAUUCUUCUUGGAUCCCUGGUUUGUUUUCCUAAUCUGUACCAACAGAUGUCGCUACUACAGCCUGUUAGUGGUGCUACAGAUAUUAUCACAGGAAAUGAAGAUAUCAAGGAUUACUUGGUAAAUAUUCUGAUGAAAAAUGCAAGGAAUGAAACCUGUGAGACUGCACGCUGCAUUGCAAUGUGUAGUCUUGGAAUCUGGAUUAGUGAAGAACUGGUGCAGUGCACAAACCACGCUCAGGUCCAAGAUGCACUCAAUGUAUUAGGUGUGACACUUAAGUUUUCCAACAAAGUAGUUGCUGAAGUGGCUUGUGACAUGCUGCAACUGUUGGUUACUCAUAUGGAAAAGCUUAAGAAAUAUGAAUCACAGCUCCCCAAGAAAAUUGCUGAGAUCCUUGUUGCCACUAUUGCAUUUCUCUUGCCCAGUGCAGAACAUUCAUCUGUUGAUGCAGAUAAAAGGUUAAUAGUAUCCCUGCUACUCUGUCUCUUGGAUUGGUGUAUGGCAAUGUCUGUGGAAGCUUUAUUGGAGCCUAUUAGUGCAGCUUUGAUGGAAGACCAAAUGGCACGCCAGGCACCUUUAUUAGAUUAUAUAUACAGGGUAUUACACUCGUGUGUUUAUGGCUCUAACCUCUUUACUCAACAAAGUCAAUACCUGCUGACUCUUGCAGAUGUCUCCUCUACAGAAUAUGAUCCAUUUUUGACAUUGGGAAAUGUCAAAAAUUCUGAACCAACACAUUCAUAUGUCUCAAAAGAUUUAGGCAGCCUUCUUACUAUCACUGAAAGUAAGAAGAGGAGAAGUUUGGAGCUGGUCCCUCUUACAGCCCGUAUGGUAAUGACACACCUGAUUAAUCAUUUGGGCCACUAUCCACUCAGAGGAGGUCCUGCCAUACUUCAUAGCCUCGUCAGUGAGAACCAUGACAACCCUUAUGUAGAAUCAUCAGACCUAUCUGCUGAGGUUUUCAAAAGCCCAAAUUUGCAACUUUUUGUGCUUAAUGAUAGCACUCUUAUUUCCUAUCUUCAAAUUCCUGCUGAAACCAUGAUGUUAGAAAGGACGUCUAGUAGUGAUCCAAGCCUUCCUGCGUCAGAUGUGAGGGUGAUUGUGCGUGAUAUCUCUGGAAAGUAUUCAUGGGAUGGUCAGAUUCUGUAUUGCCCGUUUAGCAAUCCAGUGAACUGUUCUAAAGACAGUAGGGCGUCCCCCUCUACAAAUGUUACUUUUAUGGGUGAUGGUCAGUGUGACGUGCAGAAGCCUGACUACAGUGCACGUCAACCAGAGCAAGAUAAUCUUGAUCAGCUGCUUGAAGACUUGGUUAACUCCAGUCCAGAAUGUUUGCCACAUCCAAAACUGGGACUCAGUGAGCCAGCGCCACCACCAGUUGGAAUGAACAGUGAUCAGGAAAAGAACAUCAUGGAUGCUAUAAUGAGACAAAGCAAUCAGGAGGAGGAAUACAUGAGAAGGUGGAGCAAGGAUUAUUGUAUGAGUGUGGCCAGUCAAAAAGAAUCUACUCAUCAAGAACCUCAGGCACCUUUUUACUACUGUAGACUGUUUCUUAAUGACAUGGGAAUGAAUUCUUGGGACCGAAGGAACAGUUUCCACCUUCUAAAGAAAAACUCAAAACUGCUAAGGGAACUAAAAAAUUUGGAUUCAAGGCAAUGUCGGGAAACUCAUAAGAUUGCAGUGUUUUAUAUCAUGGAAGGACAGGAAGACAAGUGCUCAAUUCUCUCAAACACUGGAGGAAGUCAAGCCUAUGAAAAUUUUGUCUCUGGACUAGGCUGGGAGAUUGACCUGUCUACACAUUGUGGUUUCAUGGGCGGCCUGCAACGUAAUGGAAGUACUGGCCAAACUGCACCUUACUAUGCUACCUCUACAGUGGAAGUCAUUUUUCAUGUUUCAACAAGAAUGCCAUCGGAUUCCGAUGAUUCAAUAACAAAAAAACUUCGUCACUUGGGAAAUGAUGAAGUUCACAUCAUCUGGUCAGAGCACACAAGGGAUUAUCGCAGGGGAAUCAUUCCUACAGAUUUUGGUGAUGUCUUAAUCAUCAUUUAUCCGAUGAAAAAUUGCAUGUUCUACAUUCAAAUCCUCAAGAAACCAGAAGUCCCAUUUUUUGGUCCCCUCUUUGAUGGAGCCAUUAUAAAUGAAAAACUUCUGCCAAGUCUCGUUCGUGCCACAGGCAUCAAUGCUAGUCGAGCUGUGAAGUGUCUCAUACCCCUGUACCAGAGCUUUUAUGAAGAAAGAGCUCAGUACGUUGAAGCAAUAGUCCAGCAACACAAAGAGGUCAUGCCAUUUGAAGAUUUUGCAGCCCAAGUCUUCGCACCCUCCCCAAGCUACUCCCUCAGUAACAUGGGUUCUCCAGAUGGAAGUCAAAGCACUGAAAUGCCUAUAGAUGUGGGAACUAAUCCAACAGAUCAGCACUACCCAAUAUGCCUGAUGCCCCAAAAAUCAGUGUCUCUGGGAAAUCUUGCCGAACUGCCAAUUCAUUUAAUCUAUGUUCAAGCUAAAGAAUUUUACAGUGACGAGUUGCAAGCUGAGGCUUGCUUUUCAACCUCUUCAUUUUUAUACUCCUUUACGGUGUUUAGAAUGACAUUUAUUUUAGAUAUGAUUUGAACCUGCUUUCUUUCUUUGAUAAGAAAUUGAGUUUCAGUAAAACAGAUAUAGAUAAAGGAUCGUACAAGCUGUUGUGUCUCAAGGGUACAUGUCAAUCUUUCCUCCUGUCUAGGGAUGAAUGUAUUGUGUCAUCUGCAUACCAUAACACUAUAUGGUAUAUAAUAUCACUUGCCUUAUUGAUGGCUAUGUUAGGAAACAAUAUGAUGGCAACUAUAUGUGGAGCCCACCACACUCUAGCAUUAUAAUCAGAACAAGUCUUAGAGCCUGAAAUUAGACUCAGUGCACCUGCAUGAUUGUGGUAUUCAGUUAGUGCAAUACUAAGCACUCCAAAACAUAUUGAAAUCACUGCCCUUCAGUGUUUCCAACUGAUAUUAUGUCACUUAUGGGAAAGGACAUCAUUUCUCAUUGACAGAAUUAUAUGUGAGUGCUACCAGGAAAUUAAUAGGAUUUUAAAACACAGAUGUAAUGUCCCAAUAUGACAUUUUGUGCUGUGCAAAAUGUGCAAUACAGAUGUUUACCACAGAUCUUCUUUUUGGCUAAUUUUAUACCGCUGUCCUCCAGCCUUUACUUGCCUUCUUUCUUACGUUCCCCCCCCCCCCAUAAAUUCCAGAAAAUGUGACUUUUGUAACACACAAGCAUAGGAAUGUGAAUUACUAGUUAGUAGAAACUCUGCUGCUAAGAUCUUUAAGAUUAGGUGAAGCACCAGAGGCAGUGGACUAGUCACUUUCAAGCACAUGGUCUCUAUCUUUUAACUAUUUGCAUUACAUUUGAGUGACCACAUACAUGGGAAGCAAAGAGAAAAGACUUUAUUAAUUCUUUUUAUUCCUUGUAAUAACAUCAAAGAAAGAAUGAAGUUCGGAUAUAUACCUGUUUAUAUGUUGACCUUAAACUAUUAGUUCUUUACAGAUUAAAAGCACAAGUAUAUCAGGAGGAUGAUACAAAACAAGAACCUGAGCUAAUUUGGGAAUAGAAUUGUACCAUCUAUAAUUCAUUUAGUGUACAGUGUACAAGUGGACAAAGACUUAUUUGCAAUUCUGGCAAAUGUUUAAUCUGAAGCUCUUAAUUUAGUGCCUCCUGCAAGUCAUAUCCAAGCAAAAACCAUAUAUAUAUAUAUAAUAUUUUUAAAAGUGCAACAUAAGAGUUAAAAUUCUAUUUGUUCCUAUCUUUCUGUGCAGUAAUUGCCUUGCUUGUUUGUGAUGUAAGCAUCCCCUGGAUAUGUAAUUAACAUUUCAGAAAGGAAUAUGGCCACAGAUAAUGAAAUACUUAUAAAAGGUGCUGCAUUUGUGGAAAUCAUUGUCCAGUCUUGGCCCAGUUCUGAAAAUUUUGAAUAAAUAUCCAUCAUGGGUCUUUAUCACCCAAUAUUCUUUACCUCACAGCUCUGAAGCACUGAAUUGUAGGACCAAAUACCUAAUGUUUUUUUCUCAUUUAGAUAAAUUAAGCUGCAAGAGAACACAGGCAAAUCACUGCAUAUUUAUAUACUUAAUUUGUGAGUUUUUUUGACUAAGGAUUCCUUAUCACUUAUUGCAUCUUAAAAUUGUGACAGAUAGAACAAUAACUCUGUUAACAUUUUGUAUAUAUGUGCACUUGUAACUCAUUUUGUUUUAUAUCAUACUCCUGAAAAUCUUUGUCUUCCUGUAUGUUUCAAUCAGCAGUUGACAUAUGGGUUACCUGGACUAUUUAUUUACUCAGAUUAUGCUUUGUUUGAAUACAUUAAACAGAUGAAAUGUAAGAUUUCAAUUUCUGUCAAUGUCUACUAAUAUUUUGUUUUGCAAUGACAACUUUAAUAUUCUAAAGUAAUGCUUUUUUGGUGUUCAUCCUUCUAUUGCACUUAUACUUUGUGUAUCAGUCAAGUGAAUGUGCUCUUUGGUUGUCAGAUGCUUUGUACAAUGCUUUAUUUUUAUUAUAAAUGUAAAUACAAAGUAAUAUUUGAUAAGCAGAAUAUAAAAAAGCAGCCUUUGUAAGUUAUAAUUCAAAUGUAACAUCUUGCUGUUGAUUUCUGUCAAUUAUUGAGCUCAUAUUAAAGAAAACAGACAGAGCCUCCAGUCAUCUGUACUUGGCAUUUGGUGCAGGAAUGUGAGAUGCAGUCUUACAGUGUUAUGGUAAUUCAUGUGGCAUCCCUACUUAUCAGGCUAUAGCUAAGAUUGUGUCUUCUACAGCAUAUCAUUUGUAAAUAAUUAGUCAUAAAUUCAGCCUGUUUUAUCCAUUUGUUUGAUCUACAAAUUCUUUUUAAGAAUAUUUCUCAACAGGAACCUACUUUGCAGCUUUUUUAAAUGUUUCUUUAAAAAUCUGUAACUUUAUAAUGUAAAGCAAAAUUAAAGAAGUGUGUCCAGUUUUCAGACAGUUCCUAAUU